AUGAAGUAUCUAAUUAUAUCUUUUUAUUUUAUAUUUAAUUUAAUAUAUAUUGUUAAAACUAAUGACAACCAAUGUAUUGCAGGAUAUACAUAUUAUGAUAAUUGGUGUUAUAAGUAUUAUCCAAUUUCUACAAUUUCCUUAUCUGAUGCAAAAGAGAUAUGUGCAAAGGAUAAUGGGGAACUUCCUGUAAUUCAUAAUGUUAUGACUAAUAAUUUUAUAACAGAUUUAAUAACAGAUUCUGUAUGGAUUGGUCUUACAUGUGAUAAUAAAAAUAUCUGUACAUGGGUUGAUGGUACCCCUUAUGAUUAUAAUAAUUUUCAAAAUGGAUUACCUCAAGUUUACAUUGGAAAUGCAGUUAAAUUGUUAAUUCACCAUGAGCAACGAAAUUUUAAUGGAUUAUGGAUUUCAUCAUCAGCUGCCAAUACCAAUGCAACAACAUUAUGUAGAAUGGCAGCUAAAAUUAACACUCAAAAAUGUCCCUUAAAUUAUUAUUAUAUUUCAAAUGAAAAUAAUAAUUGUUAUAAGAUUGUUAAUGACCCUGAUACAUUUGACAAUGCAGCAAUAAACUGUAAAAAUGAUGGUGGUAAUUUGAUUUCAAUUCAUUCAUUAACAGAAAAUGUUGAGGUACUUAAUUUUCUUCAGGCAAAGACAAAUAAAAAUUCAGCAUGGAUUGGAUUACAAUAUAUUGAUUCUAAUUCUGUAUGGUUAGAUGGAUCAAGUUUUGAUUUUAAUAAUUAUAAAAAAGACUUUCCAAAUAAAGUUUUUGGUGAUGGUGUUGAAAUUCUUCUUAUACAAGAUGACGAGUCAUUUGGAUUCUGGGAAAAUACUCGUAUAACAAAUAUGCUUCCAUAUAUUUGUAAAAUGACAGAAGAUGAAGUUUAUAAUUAUAAUGGAGGAACAACAACUGUAAAUCCACUUGCUACAACAUUAUCUCCAUCAAAUAAAUGUCCAACUAGUCCAAUGUAUCAAAAUAAUGGUUAUAUAAACUCCCCUGGUUAUCCAUCAUUUUAUGGUAAUAAUAUAGAUUGUUAUUACUAUUUAAUUGCACCCAAAGGAUCAUUUAUUCAAUUUAAGAUUAUGGACUUUAAUUUAGAUGUGGGAGAUUCAUUAAAUGCUUAUGAUGGAAAUGAUUUUAAUAAUAUAAUAAAAUCAUUAACAGGUUCUGAUAAUACCAAUGCUGUUGGAUUAAUUUUAACAACAAAAUAUAAUAAUUUUAUGGUACUACAUUUUCGUUCUAAUGCAAACCAUAUUACAAGAAAUAGUGGAUUCAAUGGAUAUUUUACAACAUAUAUAAAAAAUUUAUUAACAACCCCUGUUCCAUUACCAACAACAUCAAUUUAUGUUGAGACAACUAAUUCUAAUGAAUGCCCAUCAGAUGUUUUUACUAAGAAUUCAGAGAUUAUCACCUCCCCAGGCUAUCCCAAAUCAUUUGGGGCAAAUUUACUUUGUACCUAUCUUAUUGAAGCACCACUUGGAAAAAAUGUAGCACUACAAUUAGAAAAAAUUCAUAUAUCACAGGAUGAGGUAAGUUUAGAAAUUUAUGAUGGUAAAGGAAUGUCUUUAAAUAUAAUUUCUUAA